CCCGCGUGUCCCUGAACGCGGCAGCGCAGACAGCCUCCACGGUGCCUCGCGCUUCCUUUUCCAGCAGCGCGCGAUCAUGGCGGACGUGGCUGCGGAGCAGAAAGAAGUCCCGGAGCGCGAGCUGAACGGACAGACGGAGGACCGAGGAGAGGACGCGGACCCGGUGGAGGAGACCGCGAGGAAGAAGAAGAAAAAGAAGAAGAAGAACAAGUCCGCGGCGACAGGCGCUGAGGCGGAGGCUGAUGGAGUGCCCGAAGUGACCAAACAGCUGGAGAAGCAGGCGAUAGAAGACAAAGAGAAAGAGGAGGACGGCGAGGAAGAUGGAGACGACGGAGAAAACUCGGCAGGGAAAAAGAAGAAGAAGAAAAAGAAGAAGAAAGGACCUAAAUCUCAAACGGAUCCCCCGUCUGUGCCCAUCUGUGACCUGUACCCAACUGGAGCUUUCCCCAUCGGACAGGAGUGCGAGUACCCGACCUUACAGGAUGGUCGUAGCGCUGCGUGGCGCACGACCAGCGAGGAGAAGCGGGUGCUGGACAAAGCCAACGAGGAGGUGUGGAGCGACUUCCGACAGGCGGCCGAGGCUCACAGACAGGUCCGCCAGCACGUCCGCAGCUUCUUGAAACCCGGGAUGACCAUGAUUGAAAUCUGCGAGCGAUUGGAGGACUGUUCUCGCAAGCUGAUAAAGGAGAACAAGCUGAACGCCGGCCUGGCUUUCCCCACCGGCUGCUCCCUGAACCAUUGUGCUGCCCACUACACUCCCAACGCCGGAGACACCACCGUCCUGCAGUACGACGACGUCUGCAAGAUCGACUUCGGCACGCACAUCAACGGGCGGAUCAUUGACUGUGCCUUCACCGUCACGUUUAAUCCAAAGUAUGACAAGCUGCUGGAGGCUGUGAGAGACGCCACCAAUACUGGAAUCAAAAACGCCGGCAUCGACGUGCGCCUGUGCGACGUCGGAGAGGCGAUUCAGGAAGUGAUGGAGUCCUACGAGGUCGAGCUCGACGGCAAAACAUACCAAGUGAAGCCGAUCCGAAACCUGAACGGUCAUUCAAUCGGUCAGUACAGAAUACACGCUGGCAAGACUGUGCCCAUCGUUAAAGGAGGAGAAGCAACGAGAAUGGAGGAGGGAGAGGUUUACGCCAUCGAGACGUUCGGCAGCACAGGUAAAGGCGUGGUCCACGACGACAUGGAGUGCUCGCACUACAUGAAGAACUUUGACGUCGGCCACGUCCCGAUCAGGCUGCCCCGAGCGAAACACCUGCUGAACGUCGUCAACGAGAACUUCGGCACGUUGGCGUUCUGCCGCCGCUGGCUGGACCGCCUGGGCGAGAGCAAGUACCUGAUGGCCCUGAAGAACCUGUGCGACCUGGGCAUCGUGGACCCGUACCCUCCCCUCUGCGACACCAAGGGCUGCUACACCGCUCAGUUCGAGCACACCAUCCUGCUCAGGCCCACCUGCAAGGAGGUGGUGAGCCGGGGAGACGACUACUGAGACCCCUCAACCCAACCCAACCACCGCACCACCACCACCACCACCUUUCCCCACACAGCAUCCCGUUAGCAGCAACUCCUCCUUCCUUCAGAGAAAAGACGUGGUUGUGUCAGAGCCACUUUUCACAAGUGGUGCCAAAUGCUACUGUUAUGUACCCGCGAUGCACCGCUCACGGCUUGCAAGGAACGAGGACUGGCUUUUUUUCUAUCAUCAAACGUAAAAAACAAGGCGACAUGUUUCUGUCGGAGGAAGCGUCGGUAGUUUCCUUCCUGACCUCAUUUUACACAUUGUUUAAAAAAAAAAUAAAACAAACUGUCAAACAGUUUAAAAUGUUUAUUUAAGCUGCCACUGAAUCAGUAUUCAAAGAGACGGUGAGCCUCCUUUUUUUUGUUGUUUCAUUUUUCUACGGCUCCGCUCUGAGCCACCAGUACUUUUUAGUGCAACGACUUCAACUCAAGCACAAAAUGCUACUGAUGUGUUCAUGAGGUGGUUAGGCCCGAUGCAUGGCCAGAAAUCUACGCUUAAAAAACAAAACAAAAACAAAACCUCUAAUAUUUAAAGCUCGGGGAGGGGGUGUUGUGUCGUAACUAAAAAUAAAAAACAAACGCCAUCUUCAUACAGACACCGUGCGUCUGCAGAGCUGUAUGUUUGUUUGGCUUCUGUCGCUGCAGGAGGGAACUCUGCACUCUGGCCCUCUCUCUAAGUCUGUUGUUUCAUUUGAUAUUUGUAAAAUAUCUUUUGAAAUGGUUGCUGCCACUGUAUGUUCCCAGUUUAAAAAAAAAAAAAAGAGAAAAUGCUUCAUUUUGAACUCCCUGAAAAUGUUUUUU